AUGACGGAAAUAGACUCGACAGCAACCGCAUCGGUGUUCCUACCGCCUCCUCUCAACGCACUGUUGGCACCUGUGGCGGGCAGCACUGGCAUUAGUGGCGGCCGUCUUAGUUUGCAUCGCAUACCACCCGGAUACGAAGGAGGUGAAGCACUUACCACUUCACCGUUUCCUGUCACUGCUACCUUCACAACUCCAGUGCAGUCCGACGCCUUCGUGAACGACACGGCGAGGGAGAAGUCUACGACAAAAGACUCGAGUGCUAUCAACAGUGACGACCUCCCGCUUCUUCAGCCGAAGGGAGGACAGGCCAAGCGAGACGGUCUUGCUCUCGAUCGAGCUACAUCUGAUGUCUCGGCAGCAAGUUCGGUGACUGAUUCCAGCGUCUCGAUGGACUACGAAAACAUGAACAGCUUUCUCGACAGCGUAGCACUCGAACUCGACGACAUCAUGGAGUGA